GAAGUCGGUGCGUUGGCAAACGAAAAACAAACAUGCAUAUUGCAUUGUACAAUACAAUACACAUGUAUUAAUAUCUUUUCUUUCCAAUUUUGACCUUUAAACGGCGGCGGCUGUAAGCCUCUAUACAUGCCAACCUGAAAGCCUCCGCGGCCAAAAUCCGUCUCAAAACUCCACCUCCUACUCUCACUCUCGAAAAAUUAUACUUUUCCGGCCACCUCAUGGCGGUCUACGGCGGCGACGUUCCCGAAGUGGAUCCAAGAAGCGGCUUCUGCAAAUCCACGAAAAUCUUCCACAGCAAACGCCGCCCAAUCCCGCUUCCCCCUAAUCAAUCCCUCGAUGCGACGACGUUUAUCUCAUCCCGCCCCCACAACGGAAAAAUCGCCCUCAUCGACGCCACCACCGGCCAACACAUCACCUAUUCCCACCUCUGGGAGUCUGUCGACUCCGUAGCCUCCUCCCUUUCUGACAUGGGCAUCAGAAAAGGCCACGUCAUCCUCCUCCUUUCCCCAAACUCCAUUUUCUUCCCCAUUAUUUGCCUCGCCGUCAUGUCCCUCGGCGCCGUCAUCACCACCACAAAUCCCCUCAACACCCCUCAAGAAAUCGCCAAACAGAUCGCCGAUUCCAACCCCAUCUUAGCCUUCACCACCCAACAACUAAUCCCCAAAAUCGCCAGUUCCAAAUUGCCAGUCGUUCUGAUCGACGGUGAAAUUCAAAUUAAAAAAUUCUCAGUCAAAAUCGUGUCGACGCUGGGCGAAAUGAUGAGGAAAAAAUCCAGUGGAAGUCGAGUUAAGGAGCGUGUGGACCAAAACGACACAGCGACUCUGCUUUACUCCUCUGGAACGACAGGGGCCAGCAAGGGCGUAGUGUCGUCUCACAAGAAUCUAAUUGCGAUGGUUCAAGUCGUUGUGACGAGGUUCAAAUUGAGCGAAGGGGAAGGGACUUUUAUUUGUACGGUUCCGAUGUUCCAUAUUUACGGCCUUGUGGCCUUCGCUACGGGGCUGCUCUCUUCUGGAUCGACAAUCGUCGUGUUGUCCAAAUUCGAGAUUCAUGAAAUGUUGUCGGCGAUUGAGAAGUACAGAGCCACGUAUCUGCCUCUUGUGCCGCCGAUACUGGUGGCGAUGGUGAACGCUGCCGAGCAGAUAAAGGGAAAGUACGAUUUGGGGUCGUUACACACGGCGUUGUCCGGCGGAGCGCCGCUCGGGAAGGAGGUGAUUGAGGGUUUCGUUGAGAAGUAUCCAAAUGUUUCCAUUCUUCAGGGAUAUGGAUUGACGGAGUCCACAGGAAUUGGGGCGUCCACCGAUUCUCUGGAGGAGAGCCGCCGGUACGGCACGGCAGGGCUUCUAUCGCCGAGCACCGAGGCCAAGAUUGUUGACCCGGACACCGGCGAGGCUCUGCCUGUGAACAGAACCGGAGAGCUCUGGCUCAGAGGGCCCACCAUCAUGAAAGGGUAUUUUGGUAAUGUGGAGGCCACCACCUCAACUCUUGAUUCUGAGGGAUGGCUGAGAACCGGCGAUCUAUGUUACGUUGAUGAAGAUGGUUUUAUUUUUGUGGUUGAUCGCCUUAAAGAACUCAUCAAAUAUAAGGGCUAUCAGGUGCCUCCCGCAGAAUUAGAGGCAUUGUUGCUCACUCAUCCCAGCAUCUCCGAUGCAGCUGUAAUUCCAUAUCCAGACAAAGAGGUUGGACAGUAUCCAAUGGCCUACGUGGUCAGAAAGGGUGGAAGUGACAUUUCACAUGAAGAUAUAAUGCAAUUCGUGGCAAGACAGGUGGCUCCGUACAAGAGAAUCCGGCGGGUUGCGUUCGUGGAUUCCAUUCCCAAGAACCCCUCCGGUAAGAUUCUGAGAAAGGAUCUCAUAAAGCUCGCAACCUCCAAACUCUGAAUCAAAUGCUCUUCGAAGAAUCUGGACCGCUGAUGAGACCGCGGGAUGCUGAUUUGAUCUAGUCGGAGUUGCUUUUGCUUUGCCGCCCGUAUAUACUAAUAGUAGUGUUGAGUGGAACGCUGUCGUUUUGGUCCAUGACUACCAAGCGCUUUUACCUUUUUAAAAUAUUUACCUGUGCUGGUCUGAGAAUAAAACUUAAUGAAAGUUAAAUACUUUGGGCCGACAUGGCAAA